UGUCAUUAUCCACGUGACUGCCUCGGACGAAUGGUGAAAGACCCAAACAAGGAAGUGUUACCGUCAGAACAGCUGCACGACGUGACAGUCAAAGGCAAAGCAGAAACGCUAUUCAUCGUAAAAUUGCCAGUGCAUAGGUUGUGUUUUGUAUCUUCAAGUCGUCGCGGCAUGUUGUGCUUUUAGUGUUUUUCGUGUGGGAAGGAGCAGCGUUUUCCCACAAUGUUUCAGGCUGCAGCCAAAACCCUUUCGGUUGUGUCCACCACCUCAGUGUCUCGGGGAAUAUCGUUAAGUAUUCGACAUUACUGUAAGAAGACACCAACUAAACUGACAGUAUCCGAAGCACUUUCGGGGGCUGGAUUGGGAGCAAAUGUCAAAGUACAGGGAUGGGUUCGCUCUGUCAGACCUCAGAAGGCAAAUGUCUUUCUCCAUGUGAAUGAUGGGAGCUCUUUGCAGUCUUUGCAGAUUGUCGCGGGCUCAGAGCUGGAUAAUCCGUUCCUCACAUUUGGUAGUGCUGUUGAAGUCACAGGUAUUCUUAAGAAUAGUCCACACCAGAAACAGCCAGUUGAACUGGAAGCAGACCAAAUCCAUGUAGUUGGAGAAUGUAAUCCUGUGGAUUUUCCCUUUAAAAUCAAAGCGAGACACAACCUCGAGUACAUUCGCCAGUUUCCUCAUCUCAGGUGUAGAACAAAUGCCUUUAGCUCCCUGUUGAGAGUACGAAGCGAGGCCACUACAGCAAUUCACUCAUAUUUCAAGGAAAAUGGCUUUGUGCAGAUUCACACUCCAGUCAUCACAUCAAAUGAUUGUGAAGGGGCAGGGGAGCUCUUUCAGGUUGAGCCAUCGGGCCCAGAGGCUGAGGAAGAUGAGAAGUUUUUCUCUGUCCCAGCCUUCCUGACUGUGUCUGGUCAGCUUCAUUUGGAAGUGAUGUCAGGGGCUUUUUCUAGAGUCUACACAUUUGGGCCAACAUUUCGAGCCGAGAACUCCCAAAGCAGACGCCAUCUGGCUGAGUUUUACAUGGUGGAGGCCGAGGUCUCCUUCACACAGUCCUUAGAGGAUCUCACCAAGGUCAUGGAGGACAUGUUCAGAUCCGCCACAGAGCAUGUCUUGGCACACUGUGCAGAUGAAGUGGAUUUGUUUCACAAGCAUGUGACUCCUGGACACAGGGACACCAUAGACGCUAUGUUGAAGAAGAGAUUCCCCGCGAUCACCUACAGUGAGGCUAUAGACAUCCUAAACCGCAGCUCUCAGAAGUUUGACUUCCCAACAGAUUGGGGCUGCGACCUUCAGACAGAGCAUGAGAAGUACCUGGUGAAACAUUGCGGCAACAUUCCAGUCUUCGUCACUGAUUAUCCUUAUGAUCUUAAGCCUUUUUAUGCAAGAGACAACCGGGACCAUCCUCAGCAUACAGCGGCCGCGGUGGACCUUCUAGUGCCAGGAGUUGGAGAGCUCUGUGGGGGCUCGCUGAGAGAGGAGAGACCGGAGCUGCUGAGGGCUCGGCUGGAAGAGGCUGGAUUAGAAGACACGUACAGCUGGUAUCUGGAUUUGAGACGUUUUGGCUCUGUCCCUCAUGGUGGCUUUGGACUGGGAUUUGAGCGAUAUUUGCAAUGCAUUCUUGGUGUCGACAACAUAAAAGAUGUGAUUCCUUUCCCUAGAUUUUCCCAUUCUUGUCUUCUAUAAAACACAGUUCAAGCCUAGUUUUUUUU